GUGUGUUGUCUACAUUCCAUGUCAAAAGAUUGACAAUUUUAUUAAUAAUUUUCAGACGUUUUCAGAAUUCAGACUUCAGUCAAUUGUUGAUUUGCAGUAAAACGUACCUAAAUAAUUUAAAACCUUAUAGUGAUUAAAUUCUCUUUGGUUGAUUUGGAUCGACUAAACAGCUGUGUUGUUAGAAUAGGUAUAUCCUGAUUUAUAAAAACUUAUGAUAAUAAUUAUUCAUUUACAUAAGUCUUAAAUAAUCUCUUCAUCGAAAUAAUACCCGGUGAUAAAAGCCCUUCCAAUUAAUUAUUUUACAAAUAUGUCAACAUCUGAAUGGGUCAACGAAAACUGUGUAUCGUUUUUCCAACUCUUAUGUAUUAAAAUUGUAAAAACGGGGCGAGUGCCCCAGCAUAUAGCAUUCAUCAUGGAUGGAAAUCGUCGAUAUGCAAAAAAAGUCAGUGUAAAAACGAGUGAUGGCCAUUCCAAAGGAUUUGAUAAACUGUCGGAAACCUUGAAGUGGUGUCUUGAUCUUGGUAUACCCGAAGUUACAGUUUACGCCUUCAGUAUAGAAAACUUUAAGAGAAGCGAAGAAGAAGUUAGUGCACUUAUGGAUUUAGCACGUGAAAAAUUUAAACGUUUAUUGGAUGCUAUCGAUCAAAUUAAUGAAUGGGGGGUGCGUAUACACAUCGCUGGAAGAAUGUCCCUACUACCUGAAGACUUUCGUGCAAUGGUUUCCAAAGCUAUGGUGGCAACAAAACAAAACAACAAGCUUCGUCUGAACAUUGCUUAUGCAUAUACAGGCCGUGAUGAAAUCAGCAGAGCAACUUCACAUAUAAUAAAUGGAAUCCAGAAUAAUGAAUUAACUCCUGAAGAUAUUGAUGAAGAUUUGGUAUCUCAAUCCUUAGACCUGGGACAUGCAGAACUUUUGAUACGAACAUCUGGAGAAGUUAGGCUAUCUGACUUUAUGCUUUGGCAGACACCAAACACAGUGCUAUAUUUCACAAAAGUUUUAUGGCCAGAGUUUUCAAUUUGGAAUUUCUUGGCAGCAAUUAUACACUACCAAAGGCAUGCUCCACCUCCAUUGCCAGAAAAAGAAAACAACCAAAAUCAAGUGAAAUUUUUACAAAAAUUGGAGGACAGGAAGUGGCAAGAAUUAAAAAAAAUAGUAGAGUGUACAUAGUUUAUAAAUGUUUAUGAAAUAGCAAACGGAUUUAGAAGAAAGCAAUUUUCAGAUAGGGAUCCUUAUUAAAAACUAAAUAAUACAUACAUUCACUUUUAGUGUAAAUAAAAACAAUAUUUAGGGCCAGAUAUUAAAUAUAAUUUAGGACUUUCUGAUCCUGUCAUCAAAUAUGCAAAAACUGUAUACUACAAUUAUUUUUUAUUAAAGUUUUAAAACAUAUCAAAGUUAAAUCCAGUACUAUUAUCUAUACUAAUAUUAUAAAGCUGAAGAGUUUGUUUGUUUGUAUGUUUGAACGCGCUAAUCUCAGGAACUACUGGUCCGAUUUGAAAAAUUCGGUGUUAGAUAGCCCAUUCAUCAAGGAAGGCUAAGACCAACAGGAGCAGAGCCACGGGGGUGAAACCGUGGAGCGCAGCUAGUUCUGAAUAAAAUUAAAACAGCUUUUUGGCAACACAUUUUAUUUCCUUAACUAAAUAACUUAGGUAUAACACAUUAGAAUAUACAAAUUCAAGAUUGCUUUAUAAAAGUAAUCAUUGCUACAACAAGUAAAUUUAUUUUCCUUUAAUUGUGUAUUUGGAAUAUGUUUUUGUGGGGUCAUAUGGCUCCCAUCUGGAUGCAGGAAAUAUAUGUUUGUUUCUUUCAUACCAGGACCUGUAAAAAAAUUUAAUUUUUUUAAUGUGUAAAAUAUGAAACUGUUAAUAAAAUGAAAUGAAAAAACAAAUUUUAUAUUUUGUGUGAGUGUUUAAAUGUUUAAGUUAUUUAAAGGGCAUUUUAAAAUGAAAAUGUUCAUCAUUCCAAUGUUAAUAGUUAUACCUUAAUAAGACUUUCCCUGCGUGUGAGUCUUGUUUCUCUUGAGUAGCGUCAUUCAAUAAUCUUAUAUCAUCAGAAGCAUCGAACUGGAACAAGGGCCCACUCUUACCUCUAGCCUGUAAAAUAUAAAUGUAUUAGAACUUAAUAAUUAUUUAUUAUCUGUUAUGUUUUUUUUUGUCCUGUUAAAACUUACCUUUGUGACAAUAAAAUCGUAGAAAGUA